CCGUUCAGAAAUCGUCUGACGGGUUUCUGAGCGUGUACAUGUGUGAAUCACCAUGAUCUGACUAAGGUAGAAAUACCAGCAGGACCACAGAGAAUCAUCACGCACACGGGAGGAUGGCGGAGAUGGAGGUUACCGCGACAACGGGAGGUGAGAAGCGGCCGGCCCUGCGGACUCCGUCGGGCAGCCGGGAACGCCCACACUCCGUCCCCAGCCUCGAUCUGGACCGCUGUCUGCAGAUGUUACGCCAGGCGCGCUCCGACAGCGAACAGUUCGCCGCUCUGCUGCUGGUAACCAAGAUGGUUCAGGCCCAGCAAACAGACGCCUCAACUAGGAGGAGAAUCUUUGAUGCAGUCGGCUUCACUUUCCCCAACAGGCUUCUUAAGUCAGCGGGGGGACCAGAAGGUGACAUCUACCGAGCACUGGGGGUCACCAUCUUCUCCUGCUUCUGUACAGACUCUGAACUGGUUCUUCAUCAUCAUGUGACCUCAAAAAUCCCACUUUUCAACGACAUCAUUGUCGAACCUCCGGGGUGAGUAUUCAGAAUAAAGG